GACCAAACCCCCUAACAUCAAGGCACUUACCUGGUACGUAUCAUGUCUCUUUACUAGUACACUGCUCGUGCUUCCUUUUUCCCCUACAAUGAUGACCACCUGGAUCGACUACCAUACAGAGGGGAAUGACUUUUUCUUCCUCUUGUGAUGAUAAUCCGUGACCAAAAUAGACUACAACGGUAUCUGAGCAAGCACUGUUUUCAAUCAUGCAAGAAAAUUGGCGGGGUGUUUGAUCAUAGCUAAUCAACCCCCGGGCAGGCUUUUGAGAUUCGUCAACUCGGGGUUUUUUUAUUCAUGGUUCUCUUGAUGAGAAUACAAAAGCGGUAGGAUUUUUUUUUUCUGGUUUGGGUUUAACACCAUGUUCCCCCUUCUGCAGUGAUGACUUUUUUUUAUCCUUUUGAGAGGGAGAAACAAACCUUUUCUCACCUCCUUGAAAACCAAAUUUAAAUCAACAGACUACAACGGUAUCUGAUUAGCGCACACUUUUCCCACCAUAAUGCAUCUUUUCUUCACUUGUUAAUUUGUCGUUUCUAACGCUCAAGGUGUUUAGGAUCUGAUGACUAGCUCACCUCCGCUCUCCACUACCGCGCCAACACGAUACAAGAAACCUAAUUAUCACCUUCUCCAUGCUCUCCCUCUUCCACUUAGCGUUAGCCCGCUUCCACCAUUGAUACCACAUAACCCGCUCUCUUUGAUUCAUAUAAUCAUUGCGUAUCUUUUCCCCUCUAAUCCGUCUCAUCCUUCACCUCUACACAGAGGCUUUUUUCAUGCUUCUACUAGGUCGGUGCACAUCACCGAUCCAGAGACAAUCAAGGCCUUCUGGAAUCACGGUUUCUUUGGAAAGGGAAAUUUGUCUCGUAGUGAGCCUACAUGGGUGACACGUAGAAGGCGAGCUUUGGGGGUGAUUGGCCGAGAUGAAGCGUUGACAGCGGAAGAAGUUACUGAGCGACGCCGAGGGGAGAGAAAAGAGUUCAAAAAGGAGCGUGCUCGACUGGAAAAAGAGAAGCUUGAUAGACAGCUAGCCGAGGAAGGCAAGCUUAACCCGGAGGGGAAUGAGGACCAGGAGGGGACAGGCUCUGGUAGUAGCAGUAGUGCAGCAAGGGCUGUUCAUUUUGCCCCGUUGGAGUCACCUAGUAGUCGGCGGCGGAGCUUGGAGAGGCCGGUCGCCGACGUGGAGGAUAUAGAGCAUUUGCAAUUAACUCUUGAAGAGGCGUUCUUCUUAUCGUUCGGACUGGGAGUGCUGGAAUUGACGGAUGCUGACACUAACAAAAAAAUCUCCCAGAAGGAUAUGCUCCGGCUGUUUCGCGGUCACGCGUGCUUUCCCCCUCGGGAUCCGCAGAGUAGUUUUGAGCCGGAUGACCCCUUCAUGCUUAGCUAUGUUGUGUAUCACCACUUUCGCUCCCUGGGGUGGGUUGUCAAGCCUGGUGUAAAGUUUGCUGUAGACUACUUGCUGUACAACCGCGGACCGGUGUUCUCUCACGCCGAAUUUGGGGUCCUGAUUCUCCCAGCCUAUUCACACACCCACUGGGCCAACGACAAAUCUCGCAAGGAGGGCAAGGAGCUGCGACCAUGGCACUGGCUGCACAGCAUCAAUAGGGUAAGUUCGCAGGUGAAGAAGACUGUUGUGUUGGUCUUUGUUGAAGUGCCGCCGCCGCUGGAUGAUGACGGGAAAAUCGGUGUUGCUGAUCUUUUGGCAAGAUAUAGCGUUAGGGAGGUGGCGUUGAGGAGAUGGCUGGUUAGUCGUAACAGGGAUUGA